AUGCACUUCCGCGAUGCAUCCAUCUACAUGGCCGUUGUUGGCUUGACCUCGACGACGGCUCUCGCUGCCGUGGCUCCCUUUGGCCAGUGCGGCGGCGUCAACUAUAAAGGCGACAGUGCCUGCGCUUCUGGCUGGACCUGCAACAAGUACAACGACUGGUACAGUCAGUGCAUUCCUGGCGGAGGUGUUAAGCCCGCUGCUUCUCCUUCUCCUUCUCUGACUGUUUCUCCUUCCCCAGCUGCUUCCCCUUCUCCAACUGCUACAUCCGCAAGCAGUUCUAUCGUUAAACCCGCUCCUUCCGCUUCCCCCUCUCCAUCUGCUGGCUCUGGGGGAAACACCCCUGCUCCCAAUGUUGCUGGCAGCGGCCGCAACGGCGCCAAAUGCAAUCUUGAUGCUGCCUUCAAGGCCAAGGGCAAGAAAUACGUUGGUGUUGCCACUGAUCAGUACACUCUCAGUGCGGGCAAGAACAAGGAGGUCAUUGUCGAUAACUUUGGCUGCGUUACUCCCGAGAACAGCAUGAAGUGGGAUGCCACUGAGCGCAGCGAGGGCCAAUUCACUCUUGACGGCGCCAAUGCUCUUGUCUCCUUCGCCACAGGUAACGGUAAACUCAUUCGCGGUCACACUACCGUCUGGCACUCUCAGUUAGCUCCAUGGGUCUCUCAGAUCCGCGACAAGGCCAAGCUCGAAGAGGUCAUGGUUAACCACAUCAAGAAGCUCGUUGGCACUUAUGCUGGCAAGAUCUACGCCUGGGAUGUUGUGAACGAAAUCUUUGACGAGCAAGGUGGAUUCCGCUCCAGCGUCUUCUACAACGUUCUCGGUGAGGGCUUCGUCUCUACCGCUUUCCACGCUGCCCGCCAGGCCGAUCCUCUCGCCAAGCUCUACAUCAACGACUACAACCUUGACGGCGCAAACUAUGGCAAGACAAAGGGCAUGAUUACCCACGUGAAGCAAUGGAUUGCUGCCGGUGUUCCCAUCGACGGCAUCGGCUCCCAGUCCCACGUCAGCUCCCCAGGCACUCUUUUCCCCAUCUCUGGUGUCCCUGCUGCUUUGAAGGCUCUCUGUGAUGCCGCCCCCGAGUGCGCCGUAACCGAGUUGGAUAUCAACAACGGCAAGCCCGCUGAUUGGGUCACCGUCUUCGAUGCUUGUGUCGAUAUCAAGAAUUGUGUCGGUAUCACUGUUUGGGGUGUUUCUGACACCAACUCUUGGAUCGGUGCUGCCGGUGGACCUCUCCUGUUCGAUGGCUCCUUCCAGGCCAAACCGUCUUACAAUGAGCUUUGUUCUGCUCUGGCUUGA